AUGGCAACAGCUGCUGUGCUGCCACCACCACCCGCAGAGAUUACCCGUUGUGCUUAUGUCGUGCCCAACAAGGGCCGGCGUUGCCGCUUUCCUGUUCUUCCGGGAAGCGCAAUGUGUGGAGCACACCAAGAGAAUGCCGACGAGGGCAGGAACGGCGCGCGAAUCCCGUGUCCGCUGGACCCGAACCACACGGUGUUCGAAAAACGUUUGAAGCAGCAUCUGAAGAUCUGCACCAAGGUGCGCGAUCAGAGUGUGGUGGAGAGCCAACCUUUCUUUCGACGUGGGAUCAACAUGCCGGCCCCGGUGGCUCUGGAGGCAAAGCAGUCCCCGCCAACGCCUUCCACGUCCAGCACGAUGGAGCCGGUCAGCACAGCUCCCGAGGGGGUGGCUUUGGCCUGGAGGGCCCGGAUUGAGGCUGCGUGGCCGAAGGCAGUGCGGGAAGUUCUUGGCCCAAGCUUCUCGCCAGAGGAGCUUUUGGCACGAUCUGUCGUCACGGACGGAGCCGGCUUAGCGCAUGCAGAAAAGCACGAGGUCCAGAACCAAGCCUUGGCGGAGCUCAUGGUGCAGGCAGGGCUUCUGAGCAAGGCCACGGCACGCGAGGAGGUGGUCCUUGUGGAGUACGGCUCGGGCAAAGGCGGUUUGGCAGCUGCCGCGCUUGAGUGCUGCCCCGGGGUGCGCUGUGUCCUGGUGGAACGAGAGCCCCGCAGGCACAAGUUUGAGAACAAACACGACAAGCGCGAGGAGCAGGUGCUGCGCCUCCGCGUGGACAUCGCCGAUUUCGAUCUCGGUGGAUUUCUUGGUCCAGCACUGGAGGCAGCCGGGCUCCCCCGUGCCUCCGAUUUUCGAAGCGACGCGCUGUCGCUCAGCGGAGCAGCUGGCUGCCUGGGCCCUGCAGAGCGGCUGGAGGAGCUGUGGCGGAUGGCCUCUGAGUUCCAGUCCAGCGGUACCUGGCCUCCCGUCCGUCUGGGCGCUUGUGCUAAGCACCUCUGUGGUGGCGCCACAGACAUUGCUCUUCGAUCACUCAAGGAGGCCCAAAGGCAGCCUCUCAAACAUGGGCCGUGUUUCGGCGUUUGCAUCGCCACCUGCUGCCACCAUCGCUGUGACCCAAAGAGCUACGUGAACAGGCCGUUCUUGGCCGACCUGGGUCUUUGUCAAUCGCCUGAGGAAUUUUCGCAGUUUGUCAGCACAGCCGGCUGGGCCGUCGGUGGCGACGGGGCCAGAGAUGUGGAGAAGCGGCGCGUCGGCAUGAUGGCCAAGCGGAUCCUAGACCUGGGACGCGUGGCCUGGCUACGCCAGGAGUUGCAGCUGGGUGAUGCAACGCUGACCGACUACAUCGAUAAGGCGGUGACGCCUGAAAACAUCGCGAUCCUUGCCGGCGCGCGUGCGGGCCACAAGACGAGGGCAGGCGUUUGGGGUCUUCGCUGGCUCGCGUGCUGCGGGUGGUGUCGAUGA